AGUGUAGGGUUAUUCAGGAAGAGGUGGUGUACACGUGUGUUUGUGGGAUAGGAGAAGAAGUGCGUUUUCUCAGUUUUAUGAUAACCUGUAACGUCAGCGGCAUUACGCUUGCAGCUUGGUCACAAUGUUUCUGCAUUACUACAUCAAUGAAGAAGGAGAGAGAGUCUACACUCUCAAGAAGGUGGAUCCAUCUGGCCAGCCAACAUGUUCAGCCCACCCUGCCCGCUUCUCUCCGGAUGACAAAUAUUCUCGACACAGAAUCACCAUUAAGAAACGCUUUGGUGUCCUGAUGACCCAGCAGCCUCGGCCUGUUGUUUAAAUAUGCUUUCAUCCUGCUCCCAAGUUACAAAGGCAGCAAGAUAAGCUUUGAAAGCAGCCUUGGAGAAGCCGAUGCAAACAAAGAACACCCGUAGAUCUGCUUUCUGCCUUCCAUGUUAUUGUGCCACUUUGCAGUAACUGAUGUUUUCGAACUUGACUUUAUUCCUUUUGUGUUCUGUGGAAGAAGAAUGAGCUACAUCCUGCAAGCAAGAUAAAAUUAUUUUAUUCACAUUUUUCUGGUUAUGCAAUUUUGGAAAUAAAAUAAGGUUCUCCGUUGUUCUAUUUCUGUAGCAUGAUAGGUCUGUGCGGUAUUUCCCAAACAGGAAAUCUAGCACUUCUCAUGUGUACUAGUGAUCUGUUUCAAAGUACUGGGAAAAAAAGAUGUCUGGGUGAUCAUGGCAUGUACCUUUGAAGGAGAACUACAGUGAAGACUUGCCUCCUUAAACUCAGUGAUUCUGUUCAGGAUUUGAACCUUCCAUUCCCUCCUCUGGGCAGUUCUUUCUUUCCUACUUUCACUUUUUUCAAUGAUCACCCUAGUUUCUCUAGCUAUUGAACAUGCUUAGUUCUCAGUAGAGUUUUUUUUUUUUAAUGGAAUUGGAUGUGUGGCUGGUAACACCUUUCUCUAGCUUCGUAGUGGCCUUUAUGUUUAUUAGUUUAAUGAAUAAUAGGAAUGAAAGCUUUUUGCUAAGGCAGGAUUAGAUCCAAAACAGUUUAUCAUUAUUGAAAUCAACUAGAACAUUAAUAUAUUAGACAUGUAUUAUGUGUUUUUCACCAUGUUUAAUUACCAAUAAAUACAUAGUCACAAAAUGUA